CUCAUCCUUCCUCAAGACAAAUCUUCUUCUUUUCCAACUCAGAUUCUCUUCUCCCCCCCCCUCUCCCCCGUCAACUUUCGUAUCUAGGGCACCAAGCUACCCUUUUCCUUCCGCCUCUUCCUCUCUCCAUUUCUCCCCCCUCUUCAAGUUAAUUCCCAUUUCCAAUCUUCAAGCACAAGGCAGCCUCAAGCUCUCCUGAGUCCUUCGUUGCAUUCCCGACACUCACCCACACACAUCUCCCGGUCAGGUCAAUUCUUGCGCGCAACUCCCUUACCACCCCUUUCAAGUACCUAUCUCGACCUUCUGUGUGUCCUCAGCCAUCAAGAUGUCUACUGCCGUCGAAAACACCACCGACAACGUCGCCGCUACCCCCGCCGCCACCGCCCCGGAGGCCACCUCCAACGGCACUGCUCCCGCUCCUGCCGCUCCUGCCCAAUCCACGGAUGCGGCGGCCGCCAGUGCUGAUGAAGGACGUCGGUUGUACAUUGGGAACCUCGCUUAUGCGACCACUGAGGGGGAGCUCAAGGAGUUCUUCCAGAACUACAAGAUUGAGAGCGUCUCCAUCCCCGUGAAUCCCCGUACCAACCGCCCCGUUGGCUACGCCUUCGUGGACUUGGCCACCGCUCACGAGGCCACCGCGGCUAUUGAGGAGCUGUCUGGAAAGGAGAUUCUUCAGCGCAAGGUCUCCGUGCAGCUCGCCCGCAAGCCUGAGCCCGCUGAGGCCAAGGCUGAGGGUGCCAUAAGUGGCGGUGAGGGUGCCAGCGGUACCGAGGGCCGCAAGAGGGCCGGUGGUCGUGCCCGUGGCCGUGGACGCGGUCGCGCCCGUGGUGGCCGCCUGCCUCGCGGAGGACGCUCGCAGGCCCCUGCUCAGGCCGAGGAAGCCUCCACCGAGCCCAUUAACGUCCCCGGCCAGGUCGCCCCUUUGACCGAGGUCACCAACCAGAAUGAGACCGUCGCCGCUCCUGAGGCUGCCAAGCAGGCUGGCAAGCCCCGUGCUCCUCGUGCCCAGAAGCAGCGUGGUCCUCCUGAGGAUGGAAUUCCUUCCAAGACCAAGGUCAUGGUCGCGAACCUGCCCUAUGACCUGAGUGAGGACAAGCUCAAGGAGAUCUUCGCCGACUACCAGCCCGUUUCCGCCAAGAUCGCUCUCCGCCCCAUCCCCCGCUUCAUGAUCAAGAAGCUCCAGGCUCGCAACGAGCGCCGCAAGGGUCGUGGCUUCGGUUUCGUCACCCUCGGCUCCGAGGAGCUUCAGGAGAAGGCCGUGAACGAGAUGAACGGCAAGGAGAUUGAGGGCCGUGAGAUUGCUGUCAAGGUUGCCAUCGACAGCCCCGGCAAGGAGGAUGACGCCGUCCCGGUGACUGAGAAGACCGAGGAGGCCACAGAGAUUCCGGCUCAGGAGAACGCCGCUCCGGCCGCUGAGUAGAAGACAAGUUUCGUUCCCCACCUGAACGAGUGAUCCCUGAUGAAAUAGUUGGGGAGGGUUCAAGGUGACGACAGAGUCGGGACCCGUCAUCAGGAGGAGGUGUUGUGUCGAGGUCGUUCGUCAGGCGGCAGGCGUUGUCAUUCUUCCAGUCGGGGGUUGGAUAGAAGACGAGGCAGCCACCGAAAACGUUCUACUGAAAAGUCGUGGACGAAUUCGCCCUGAUCGAUUUGGUCUACAUGAGAGGAGUGUUGUCCUUUUUUUGUUUUCUCUUUUCUUUCCAAUAACCUAUCUUAUGUCUUUCUAUAUACGGAUUCCCGAAAGGGCUCCGUACGGCGAGAGAUGAAAACCGCGUAAUGUGUGGUGGUGACGGAAGAACCUGGCUUUUGCUCACGAAUCUUGCUCUUGUGCUCCUGUAUCUUAGCCCCCAUUUAUCGAACUGAUGAUUAGCCGCAAGGCUGGCCUUGUAAUGAUG